UCAUUCACCAUCAACCUCCUCCGGAUAACCAAAGUGAGAGAUGAUCAAAGUCACACAAAAAAACGCUCGCAAAAGUCGGUUUUUCUGGCAGCAUGAUGCGCGAUACUAAUAAUCUCUAAAAGCAAAAUUAAUAGACACUAUCCAUCUCCUGCUAAAGAGGAAGUGAAAUAUUGAAUCCCAUAAAACAGCACUUGUUUUCCAACGAAGUAUCAAUUUAAGCUCUAUAAUUCUUAAUUUAACAAGUUUGUUCUACAAUUUAUAGCCGUUGCUCCCCCCCUCCUUUCAGCUGCUCCCGGCUCAUUCUUUCUUGUCCCUGUGAAGUCUCUUAUGGUCUUUCAACGCUUUUCUCGCAUCCGUUGUUGCUCCUUUUCUGCAAAACCCUAAUUUGCUUGGAAUGAGUCACCUUUGAAUUCCCCGUUUUCAAGGUGACUUAACUAUACUGCUGUUCACACGAUAAAUAAACACCAAAAUGUCAGACCUCGAUCCGUCCAAGAAAGUGGCCGAUAGAUAUCUCAAACGUGAAGUCCUUGGUGAAGGUACCUAUGGAGUAGUAUACAAAGCCAUUGAUACCCAGACAGGACAGACAGUUGCAAUUAAGAAAAUCCGGCUUGGCAAGCAGAAGGAAGGGGUAAAUUUUACAGCCCUUCGAGAGAUUAAAAUACUUAAAGAGCUCAAAGAUCCAAAUAUUAUUGAGUUAAUUGAUUCUUUCCCACAUAAAGGCAAUUUGCAUCUUGUCUUUGAAUUCAUGGAGACUGAUCUUGAAGCUGUUAUAAGAGACCGGAAUAUCUUUCUUUCACCAGCUGAUAUAAAAUCUUACCUUCAAAUGACUCUCCAAGGUCUUGCUUAUUGCCACAAGAAAUGGGUUUUGCAUAGGGAUAUGAAACCAAACAACUUGCUGAUAGGAUCUAAUGGACAGCUGAAACUUGCAGAUUUUGGUUUAGCUCGAAUCUUUGGGAGCCCAGACCGAAGAUUUACUCAUCAGGUGUUUGCUCGUUGGUACAGAGCACCUGAGCUGUUAUUCGGUACCAAGCAAUAUGGCUCAGGGGUAGAUGUUUGGGCAGCAGCUUGUAUAUUUGCUGAACUUCUUCUUCGUCGACCCUUUUUGCAGGUAAGCAAGAUCUUUGUUAUAUCACAAGAAAGGGGAAAAAAGAUUGUCAUGGGUUCAAGUGACAUCGAUCAAUUAGGUAAGAUUUUUGCAGCAUUUGGGACGCCAGCUCCUUCUCAGUGGCUGGAUAUGGUAUACCUACCUGACUAUGUUGAGUACCAAUAUGUUCCUUCCCCGCCUUUUCGUUCUUUAUUUCCAAUGGCAAGUGAUGAUGCUUUAGAUCUAUUGUCGAAGAUGUUUACCUAUGAUCCAAGAACUAGAAUUUCAGCUGUGCAGGCAUUAGACCACAGGUACUUUUCCUCAGCACCUCUGCCCACAGAACCAAGCAAACUUCCUAGACCUGCCCCUAAAAAGGAAUCUAAGGUUUCUGAUUUCAAUCCACAUGAGGGUCCUACUGUACUAUCACCUCCAAGAAAGUCCAGGAGAGUGAUGCCAGGACGUGAUGGGUUUGAAGAAAAUUCAUUGCGAGGUGACAAUGUUGGUGACUUCAGGCAGACUGCUGGUGAUAAUACUGGCAAGAGUGAACCAGCACCAAUGUCAAUAGAUUUUUCUAUCUUUGGAUUGAAAUCUCCAAACAGACCUACAAUUAACAGUGCUGAUAGAUCACAUUUAAAGAGAAAAUUAGAUCUAGAAUUCCAGCAGCCAGAAUGAAUAUUCUUUGACUGGAGCUGUCUAUGCAAGGGACACAAUUGAUGAAAUGUAGUGAAUACUUGAACGCUUAAAAGGUGUCCCUUGGUCUUCCCAGACGAGGCUACCUUGGAUUUGUAAAUGCUCAAAGGAAGAAGUAGCAGUGGCCGAAUAUUAACUUCGUACUUGAUCGCAGUCCUGACACCUAAAGUUGAUCUUACAGAAAAAAUGAGAAGUUACACAGCAGUACACUUCAUCUCUCUCUCUCUCUAUCUCUCUAACCUGAACACUGCCCCACUGUUCUUCAUUUUUUUUUUUUUGGUUUAACGUUUCAGAGAACUUGUAUUUUAUAAUGGCGAGGGCAUUUUCUCGAGUCCUUGCUCUGCUUGGGGAACUGAAUUUGAACUCGAAUUUGUUGUUGAACACUGUACCCUCUCCCUUGUUUCAGAUAGGUUAUUGUCAACUUC